GCCAGCAGCGCCUAGCUGACGGUGUCCCUGUUCUCGCUUUCGCAUCCUUUCUCGUUUAGCUUUUGUAUCCUACCAGUCGAACACAGUUGCCGACGAAUCUGAACACCUUGUCGUAGUACUUCCGUGGUGGCUUGUACAGUGAAAAAAAAAAAAAAAAAAAGUACAGUCAUGACUCAUCCAUUCCGGUUCCAAGGUUUCGGCGUCGAUCUACUCGGCCCAGGGGCAGCCUUGGUUGAGGAGAAAGGGGCCAUGGCGACCGGCGAGCGGAGUCUGGCCGAGAAACGCCUCCUGGAAAACCUGCAAAAUGAUCUGCGGCUGCUCUCCAACGAGGCCAAGAAGAAGCACCCGCCCCUGAAGGAGGCAGCGGAGUCUGGAAUCAUCAAAGUUCGGAAUGCGGCAGCCAAGCACCAUGACCUCAGGCUUGCCCUGCUUUCCGAGAGCCCGGAGAUCUUGGAGCCCUUCUUCCUUGGCUGCGAUACGAGGAACCCGAAAAUUGUUCAGAUCUGCCUGUCGGCCAUCCAGAAAUUGAUCACCUUUGAAGCGGUCUCAUUGACGGCAGCUGUGAACAUCAUCACCUGCCUCUGGAAUCUCAUGGAGAGUGGAAUCGAGGAACUGAAGCUCCUUCAGACAGUCACUCUAUUGCUCACAGCUAACACUGUUGUACAGGGUGACGCCCUAGCCAAGGCUAUCGUGCUGUGCUUUAGAUUGCACUUCACUAAGAACAGCACCACCAACAACACCGCAUCGGCAACCGUCCGUCAGUUGGUCUCCGCAGUUUUCGAGCGCGUCCAGGCUGAAGAUGCAGCAAUGGCGGAUGUGGUGAAGACGGAGGAAGUCAACUUGGAAGAGCUGAAGACUGGCAGCCGUUGCCCGCCAAAAUCUUUGCAACCAUGUGCAGCGGAUGCCUUUCUUUUGUUCCAGGACCUGGUGCAGAUGGUGAACGCUGACCAACCGCUGUGGCUGGUGGGACUGACCGAGAUGACCCGCACGCUUGGCCUGGAGCUGGUUGAAUCCAUCCUGGCAUCGUUUCCCGAGGCCUUCCUGCGGCACCCAGAGUUCCGCUUCCUGCUCAAGGAGCGUGUCUGCCCCCUCGUCAUCAAGUUGUUCUCGCCCAAUGCCCGGCAGGCGCCCGAUCGGCCCUUCUUUCCCAUCUCCAUGCGUCUGGUGCGCGUCGUCUCCGUCCUCAUUCACCGUUUCUAUGGAACCCUGGUGACAGAGUGUGAAAUCUUUCUCUCGCUGGUCGUCAAGUUCCUGGACCAUGAAAAGCCGAACUGGCAACGCACGCUGGCGUUGGAGGUCUUGCACAAACUGUGCUCACAGCCUGAACUUCUCAAGAGCUUUGUCGAGAGCUAUGACAUGAAGGACCACAGCACCAAGAUCUUCCAGGACAUGGUCAACGCCUUGGGAGCGUACGUGCAAGCGCUCUUCGUGAGUGCCCCGUGCCACCACCAUUACCACCAUGGUGGAGGGGGCGGCGGCUCCAGCGUUAACGUGCCGCCGCCCACAGUACCGCUCAGCUCCAGCGCGCCGGGAAGCGGCAACACGUCCUCGCUCGCGCAGCCUCCACAGGCGGCCUUUCUGUACCGCGGCGUCUGGAUGCCCCUGCUUCCGCACGUUGCCACUCCAGGCGUCUGCAAGGCCACUUACAUGGAUAUGCUGGACCGCGUGGAGCCUCCCGUGGUGGCCGAGGGCUAUGGAGUGUCCCUGGGGUACGUCUGUCUCCUGGAUGUGGUGCAAAGCAUCGCCACCGUGGUGAACCAGUCCAAGGGUGCCGCCACCAACGACUCGGCUGCCAACCUGCGCCUACACCGCCAGCUGCUGUCCUCCUCCUGGUGUGGGCUGCUGGCAGCUCUCUCGCUUCUCCUCGAUGCCAGCACGGACGAAGCGGCCACGGAGGAGAUCCUGAAGACGAUGCAGGUGUAUGCCAGCCUGUGCGGCCAGCUUCAGAUGUCGACGCCCCGGGACGCCUUCAUCACAGCCAUGUGCAAGGGCUCCCUGCCACCCCACUACACACUUACGGUGCUAAACUCCACAUUCCCCAAGGCGUCGGCGUCUCCGCAUCCGCGGGGCGACGGCUCGUCCGACAGGCCAGGAUCCACGGGUCAGGGCGGCCCUUCUCCCGUUCCUCUGCCCCAGCAGGGCCCCAACCUGGGUCCCUUCCUCGGAGGUCCCGGGUGCGACCCCCACGACGCUCCUCGGCAGCAGGUGGUGGCCGUGGGCACGCCCUUGCCUACGCCUUCGCUCGGGGGCCAUCAGGGGCCCGUUAUGCUGACGGCCAAGAACCUGCAGUGCAUGCGUGCCAUUCUGGGGCUGGCGCAAGCCCACGGUGCAGUGCUGGGCAGCGCGUGGCACCUGGUGCUCACCACCCUGCAGCACCUGGUCUGGAUCCUGGGCCUGAAACCGUCCACGGGGGGCAGCCUCAAGGCCGCGCCCAAGAACGGCUCGGACGGCACGGCAGCCGGCGGGGGCACCAACUCCUCGUCGGUCAUCACCACGGCCGUCAUGGCCGACCUGCCCGUGCUGUCCGCCAUGUUGUCGAGACUGUUCGAGAGCUCCCACUACGUGCCGCUGGCUGGCACACUGUCACGUGUCUUUCACAACUCCCAGUACCUGGACGACGUUGCACUACACCACUUGAUCGACGCACUCUGCAAGCUUUCAACUGAAUCGAUGGAGCUGGCCUACAACAACAGAGAGCCCUCGCUGUUUGCCGUGGCCAAGCUGCUCGAGACGGGUCUGGUGAACCUGGGUCGGGUCGAAGCGCUGUGGCGGCCCGUGACCCAGCACCUGCUGGAGGUGUGCGCUCACCCGCACACGCGCAUGCGCGAGUGGGGCGCCGAGGCACUCACCUACCUCGUCAAGGCGGCCCUCAACCACUCACCCAGCGGAGGAGGCGGAGGUGGCGAGGCAACGACAGCCCCCUCCGUCGUGACGGCCACCACCAUGGCGACGACGGCAUCCGACAGCGCAGCCGUGCCAGUUCAUGCGGCAACAACAUCGCGGAGGAGCCUGCAGGUGCUGCUGCUGGCGCCCCUGGUGGAGAUGGCGUCCGCUCACCCCGACAUCCGACAGAAGCAGCUGGACUGCACCCUUUCCCUGCUGCACAGCAACGGCGAGACGCUCACCCACGGAUGGCCUCAGGUGCUGACAAUAAUCGGGGCCAUCUCGGAGAGCCAUGGGGAGGCGCUGAUUAGGUCGGCGUUCCAGUGCUUACAACUGGUGGUGGCCGACUUCCUGCCGGUCAUGCCGCGGGCCUGCCUCCAACUCUGCGUCGACACGGCCGCGCGUUUCGGCUCACAGAACCAGGAGCUGAACGUCUCGCUCACCGCCGUCGGACUCCUGUGGCACAUGGCGGACUACUUGUACCAAAAUGCGGAGAAGCUGAAGCAGGAGGAAGGCGAUUGGGACACCCUGUGGAUGUGCCUCUUCCAGCGGCUAGGCGAGCUCUGCGUCGAUCCGCGCUCCGCCGUCCGCAAGAGCGCGGGCCAGACCCUGUUCUCGACCAUCAAUGCGCACGGAUCGGUGCUUAGGCAGGAGACCUGGCAGGCCGUGCUGUGGCAGGUGCUGUUCCCUCUGCUGGACCGAGUUCGCACGCUGUCGGGGUCGGCUUCGACGGAGAAGGUUAACGACAUGGGUGGGAACAUUCUGAUCCACCACUCGCGCAACACGGCUCAGAAGCAGUGGGCCGAGACACAGGUGUUGACGCUGUCGGGAGUUGCAAGAGUGUUCCACGUCAAGCGCGAAGUGCUUCACACGCUGGGUGACUUCCCACGCGCCUGGGCACUCCUCCUUGAGUUCAUCGAGAACUCGGCCCUGAGCAAAAACAACGAGGUGUCGCUUUCGGCACUAAAGAGCUUCCAAGAGAUACUGCAUUUGAGUCGUCCCACCGAGGGAGCCGGGAACGGUGGCGCCCUCCUGGGACGAUCUGCUGACCCACAGGGAGAAGCGGCCCUCUGGUGUGCUGCUUGGAAGGUUUGGUACAACAUCGGCAUUGAGAGCACCAGGCCUCCCCCGGACGUUGCCGUCGACGACGCGCGCUUCUCCAACAGCCUGUCUCUGCUGUACAUUCCGUCCCAAGCGUUCCUCACCGCACUCGUUCAGAUCUUCCCGCACCUGUUCCAGCACAUCAAAAAUAGGUUUACGGUCUCCGACUUCCAAAAGUUCGCCACCGUCGUCCAAAACGCUGUCGCCGCACCUGUUCACGGCGAUGCCUCGCCCUUCAUUCUGCCUACCCUGGCCGAAGUGGUCCUCACGACGUUGCAGGAGUCCAUCCUCAGUGCCAUGGACACCCUGCACAAGGAAGCGCUUGCAGGCACAGACAACCUGCAGGCCAUGGUGCCGUCCAUCUUUGGCCAGCUGUUGAGUUUCGCAUGCUACGCCUGCCAGGCGCCAGCAUACGGGAAGCUGCAGAUGCGCUCCGGUGGUGUGGCCCCCAAGCACCUAGACUGGGUGACACUCAGCUUUGUGCCAUUUGGGGAGCGUGCCAUGGAGAUGGCCGUUUCCCUCUAUGUACAGACGGCGCAGCGACCGGUAGUCAUGCAGGCUGACAUCCUCCACGCCAUCGUCAAGACAUUGCACGUGCCCCUGUCCAUGAAGUACAACUGCCCGAGCCAAUCUACGUGGAAGCUGGCCGUGACGUCACUGCUCACCGUGCUACGCGUCGGCCUGCCCAUCGCGCAUAAAAACGAGGCCCACUUCAAGGACCUGUGGUCGGACCUCGCCGCGACUCUCGAGGAGUUCCUCUUCUCGUCCAGCAACCCACCACCAACCCAGAGCCUGGAGGACCAGCAGUGCGAUGAAAUGUUGGACUGCAAGGUGGUACAGCUGAUACGUGAGAGCAUCCUGCCACAUUCGAGCCACGUGCCGAAGGACUUUGUGCUCAAGAUUGUGGCCCUCCUGAACAAGGGUUCCAUUCAUUCGGCAACGAGUAGCACGCCUGUCGAUACCGAGUCUACACGCAAGCUGCGCGAAGAGUUUGCCAAAGCGUGCUUCGAGACGCUCCUGCAGUUCUCUUUUCUUGGCGGCAUCGUGUUGCCGGAGGGCGGCGUUGUCAACCGUUUGGCUGUUACUUCACUCCUUCAUCGGUUUCAGGAGGUUAUCUGCCAUUAUGUGGAAGACGAGCAGCUAAGUGGCAAGUGCCCUCUGCCACGGCAUCGAAUGGCCGAGAUAUCAUUCGUCCUCAAAGCUGUGGCAACACUGACCGCUUCUCUCAAGAAGGCACCGCCAAACAACGUUGAAUGGAGUGUCUGGGAACAACUGAUUGCCCUCUAUCCCCACCUCGUGAGCUGUAGCACGUCGACGUCUGCCCAAGUCUGCCGAUCGCUGCGGGAAGCCCUCCACGAGUACGCCGAUCUGCUGGCGCCACCCCGAUCGCCACCGCCCCAAAGAAACGGGGGUCGUCCAGCCGCCACCUAGCCUUUUCACAAAACUCUUUCAGGAAGAAAAAAAAAAAACAAAACCCUUCCACCAUCGCUGUGUGACAACCUCGGAGUCUGAACAGUGACCAUCCAGAUUUCCGAAGCGUGAACACUUUGUUUGAGACGUACGAGUCAGUGUGAUUCGGGACAUUCUGGGAUCUCCCACUGCUUUUACAAACAGUGGCUACGGCUUCUGUGUGAUCUGUUUCGCAGUUAACGUCAAAGGCGACUGGAUCACUGGUUCGUUUGUUUUUUUUUUACCUGGCCCUACUGUCGUAAAGUGCAAGCAUUCCCGGUGUUUCCCAAGAUCUUGGUCAUUGUGUUACGCACUUCAGUAACUGUAACGGAAGUUGUGUCGGCCAUAGCGCAGUUUUGUUUAUCGUGCCAAUGACAUAAGGUGGUGCUGUUGGAAAGAUGACAGCUCACUCCACUGUGGGUAAUGCCGGAGAGUUGUUGUUUCUCCUGCACUUGCGGCACCAAAAAAAUAACAAAAAGAGGUAGUACAGCCCUCAAACUAAUCUAAUGGAUGUCUGGAGUUAAUCACUCACCUCAAUGUUUAUUCGUUAAACAUUAAAUUCACAAGAUUGCUGCAGGCUCAGAGACAUUGUACUGAGCGUUCAUUGACUUCAAUAAUUCAUUCAAGUGAUAUUCACCUAUGUGGCAUAUCACUGCGUCUCGAAUUCAGGACUUGAUGGAAGUAGGUUUCACUUCUCGUUCACACGUAUGAAUGUAAAAUUUUUUUCAUUUUGAUUGAACACACAUGUUUCUUUCUGGUGCAUUAAGAACUAACGCAAAUUAUGGACAGGGCAGCUUAACUAAAAAAUAGUACAUCCUUUUAUGUUUAGGAAUUCGGGAUGACUUGUAUAGCUUUGUCACUCCUGAUGGACCACUAAUGCAAUGUAUAAUUCCAGUCGUAUUUAUAAAGUUACAUUUCUAGACUAAUAAGAGAAGUGACCCUUAUACUAACGUCAGGCUCGGUAAGCCAGAAAAAAAAUCUGUAAAACUGAUUGACAGGUGGCAACACCAUUUCGAAGUUCCUCACUACGAUGGUACAUGCUUCGAUCUCAUCUUCAUAGGUCUAAUUAAUAUUUUUAUUGCUAAAGGUGGACUACGUUGUACUUUAAAUGGGUCAAAAACUAAAAUUAGGAUGUUUCGAGAACUUGUGCUCAUACAGGAACCAAUCAAGAAAAAAUACUUUCUCUGAUGUCUCACUCAAGUAUUGGCACAAUGUUUUUAGGAUGAAAUCUGAAACAGGACCUUGACCUUUAUUUCAUCAUUGGUUAACGAACCUGUUGCAGUGAAAUUAAUGAAAGGAUUUCAAGGCAAUACUUUGUCAGCCUAGACUAGUUUUAACAAACUUUAAAGGGGCCCUGUGAUGCAACUUCAUGUUUUCAUCACUUCUUUUGGUACUGUGGAAUGCGGCGGUCACAUUGCAAGUAGAAACGCCAAAAAGAAAGUGUUUAUCAUUUUAUUUAAACGGAGAAGCUACCUUCUGCUCCGACUACAAUGAAACACAAUGGCAGUUUUCGAGAUCAGAGGUGAUGUUUGCUCACAUGACAAUGACACGUGUGGUUGUGCGUUCUGGUUGGCUUGGCAUGCUAAGUCGCACACGCUGUUUGUGUGGCUCGAGGUAGAACAUGCUACUGUGCUCUAGAAAUUAUGAAACCAUUCUUAAUGCUUUAUCGGAUCCAAAGGGUUUCUGCUUUUAAACAUCAUAUUUUGAAAACAGUUGCAACGCGACACUAUGUGUGCUGUGCAAUGGCCACUGAAAGGCGAGAGUUUUUGUAUAUCUCUUUAAAGGGCACGCGUUGACUGGAAGCAACCAGUGACAUCACUGAGAAAUUGAAAUGCGAAAGGCAACAUUUUUCGCUUCUCAUCUGCUCGGGUUUUAUAUUUUGAACACCGAUAACUUCGGCUUUCAUACACCAAUUUUGAUAACACCAAUUUCAUCUGAGUAUUAAAAUCUAGUAAUGCUACAUUGCUCCAGAAGAGAGUUGAGAAAACAUCGCAGGGCCCCUUUGAACACAGGAACAAGGCAAGGACGCCCAAAAUUUGUUAGUGUAUGUUACCAGUAAGGCCGACUGUCUACCAUAGGCAAGUUGUUUCUCUUUAGUGCUGGCAGUGUUAAGUACUGUAAAAGAAUAUAGACCCUUUUUUAAAUUUUCAAAGAUUGUUGGCGUGAAACACUAAGGAAACGAGACUUGGAACUGAUAUUUUUCUGAUGUAUGUGAUUUUAUUUGUCACGUGACUGAUUUGCAAGUGGCUGUAACACUCUAUGACAAGGAUCAGCCCGCUCUUGUGUUUUCACCGCAACAUUCUGACUGCUUUCAACUUUAUAUUACUUGAAGUUGCAGGGCAACGUUCAGACGCUUCCCAGAUUUUAAUUACACUACGUGUAGUGUUCUCGCUAAUCAUUUCGUCUCCAUCGAGCUCCGACUGUUCGAAGCGCUAGAGCUCAGUUUGGGUUCCACAGUUGUGUAGCCCGUAGGGCUUUCCGAAAAAGAAUCGCGUUUAUGUUAUCGCAGAAUCUGUAUCACUAGCUUUUUCUAGGGCAUCAGUAUGUAGCAAGCUAGCGCCUUCUAUUUCAGUGCUGAAGGCAUGUAUUGAAAUCGACGGAGUGGAAUGUGCAACACGCUUUGUGCCAGCAAGUGUAUACUGUUUUUAAUAAUGCCCACAAAUGUCUCUGUUUAAGAUGGCAGCAAUCUGCAGUAGAAUCUAUCAAGUAUGUUUUUCACCGUAAGAUAUGAAUGGAAUUGAGCUGGCUAAUGUAUCACCACAACGUACUAUUAGCAUCAUACAUACUGCAUUCAAACGCCAUUUCAGUGAGAAACAUACGAUUCAUAUUACGCUUGUGUGGAGGGGGAAGUCUUCCAGUUCUGGCAAAGCUUUUAUCUAGUAGCACAGACUGCUGCACGUGGAUUGCCAAGUGUAAUGCGAUAUUUGUGGUACAUUCAACUGGAUGUUUUUUUAGUGCACUCUGUUAUCCUCAGGCUUACAUUUGGCCAGUUGAAAUUAAGCACUCGUAACACGUUCACCUGGUUCUUUCAAAGUGCUGAGAAGUGUUCCCAGCUUCAAGCACAAUGAAAAUGCGGCAGGAUUCUAAUAACAUGAAUUAUCUAAUUGGUUUGGAAACCACUGAACGUUCCACUUGGGUGGGCCUUCUCCGGCUUCAGUCUGGGGAGGUAUUGCACAUUGUUGCAAACUAAGACAAAGCUUGGUACAGGAACCAGUCGAAUGUGCCAUUACUGUCCUGUACCUUUCUGACUUUUGACGUUCAGAAUUAUUUGCACUUGGCUCAGCUGUAUCAUAGGUUUUUAUCUGCAGUGGCAGUUCUGUUCACUUUCUUAUUGCCUUUCCGCCAUGAAAGCCAGAAGCGUGCCACAUUUAACAUGCAAUCCCCUCUGUAACAGUUGAGACGAGGACACGAAAGUCAGCACCACUGCUUGGCUGAUCGUCUGCAAAAAGCCGAGACUAGCCAAAACACGAAACGAGCUUGUUGUCAGCUGAAAGCUGAACGUUCGAAGCAUUUUCAUUUUUAGCCUCUCUGUAUACACAAAAGCAUUAGUUAAUCACGUCACGCGCCUAUGUAAUAAGACUUAAAGAGCAGUACAGUCUCGCUGUGAGGUACUGUUCAUUGUUAGCACUUCGCUUCAACUGACGCUGAUUUGUAAAAGAAAUGCAGUUUUGUAUAGUAUACAAGUUGCACGUUUGUAAACAAACAGGCACGGUACAAGGAGCAGAUGGCUUAUGUUGACACUUCUGCUUCCCUCCGUAGCUGCAGUAAGAUGUGAACAGCAGUCUAUGCCUUUGAAAAUUUGGUCAUGUGUGUAAAAUGAAAUUUAUUGAAGACUAAGUGAGGGCGUGGUAGCACAAAAAUAAAUCGAAGACUUAAGAAAGAGGGAGUGGAGGAGCAAACAGUCAGUCUAUUGCUUCCUAUUCCUUCUUUAACUCUUUUUUUUUCUUCCUCUCACGCUGCCAUGCAUUCCACGUGCAUUAAUUUUACAUUCAACAGAGAAUUCUGUCUUUAUAUUGUGUCAGUUUUUGCUUUUUACCCACAUGGGAUGCAACGAUAGCACCACUUGAUCUUCAUAGCAUAACGAUCUAUACCUUGCCCGUAACAAAGGUGCUUUGCGUUCUAUUACUGCUUUUGUUUUCACUGCGUGCUGGAAACCCACGGAAAGUUUGUUGAUGCUGUUUUCAUUCCUUGUGCUAAAGCUUUGCACCUUGUUCUGAAACAUGUUGCUGUUUGUGGCAGACCCUACUUUGAUUGUUUAUGAGCUGCAGCUAUAUUUGAGCUCAGCUGUCACCGAUAUUCACCCAGAACAAAUGUGUAUGCAGUUGGCUGUGCUCUUUUGUUUGUUUGUUUUCACAUAAGCCUGCCAUUCACGCCUAAAGCAAUCGACUUGUUGCUGCAACCUUGAGGUCGCAGCUUUCAUGUAAAUAAACAAACGCGGAUACACAUUUCCGAAAAUGUAUUUAGUCUGAAAUCUGUAAAAAUAUAUAUAUAUAAUAAAAGUUAUAUGCAUUUAAA